AAUUUACGAUUCAAAUCAGAAAAAAACUUCGACAAGUUUAUAUGUAUAUGGUUGCUAAAGAUUGAUUCUGGGUUAACUUGUUGAUCCAAUAAUGAACUCAUCAAUUAAUAUUAUCAUUUGUUCUAUUAUAACAAUCCCACUAUUGAACUUUUUCACAAUUAAUGAAAUCGAAUCAGCUGGUGUACACCGAAAACAUAGCAAGAACAGCAAUUCAACUAAACCAUUUCGAUGGAUUUUGGAUAAACCACAAUGUUUAGAACCACAACGUAUGGCUAAAGUAGAUCGUUAUAUUGAACGUAUGAUUGGUUUCGGUGGUAAAGGAAGACCAUUUCCAGAAAAUGGACCACAAUUAAAACCUUAUUGCAAUGAAACUCGUGUUAUGGUAAGCUUCAUUGAUGAAUAUCUUCAUGAAUGUUAUGAACAAGAUAUACAAAAAUUGGCCAACAUUGUUUUAUAUACAUUGAAACGUAACCUACGAUAUUUUUGUAAUAAAAAACCAUCAAACAAAAAGCUAAAAAAUUUACUGAAAUUAGCUAGCUGUUUGAACACUAGAAUCAAAGAUGAUCAUUGUAUAAUGAGUAUGAUGAACAGUACAUCAGCAUUAAUACCAUCGGGUCUAAACAGUAAAGAAAAAAUUAAGUAUGUAUGUUGCUACUAUGCUGAAUUGGUUCGUUGUGGUGAUGAAUGGAUGGAUACAAUACCGUGUAUACGUAAUGAUAAACAAAUUGCAUUAGAUUUUUUACGAGGCCUUUCGGGUGAUAUCAUAUCGGUUGCAUGCAGUGAUUACAAUGAAUUUACAAAUCGAUGCGAUCAUCUAAAACCUUUGGAAAUUAAACAAACAAAUCGUAAAAAAUAUGGCUCCAUAUUGAACAUUAUGAUUGAUACGAUCGAAUCAAUGGAUGGUUUUCUUUAAUUUUUUUUCUCUUUUUGAUGAUGUAACAUAGA